UUCCGGUUCCGUCGCGGAGACACGUGAAGGUCGGUGAGUCGGUUCGGCGCUCGUCUCGGCACGCGUGGACGCGCCGGGAUGGAUUCCUCCUCGUCAUCCUCUGCGGCGGGCUUGGGCUCCGUGGAUCCCCAGCUGCAGCAUUUCAUCGAGGUGGAGACGCAGAAGCAGCGCUUCCAGCAGCUGGUGCACCAGAUGACGGAACUUUGCUGGGAGAAGUGCAUGGACAAGCCUGGGCCAAAAUUGGACAGUCGGGCUGAGGCCUGUUUUGUAAACUGCGUUGAGCGCUUCAUUGAUACAAGCCAAUUCAUCUUGAAUCGACUGGAACAGACCCAGAAAUCCAAACCAGUCUUCUCAGAGAGCCUUUCUGACUGAUCUCAGCAUUACCUCUUUGGAAAAGUAGCUCAAGAAAUGAAAAGCUGUUGAUGGAAGGUUGAAGAAAUGGCUAUGGGGGAAUGGUUCCCAACUCUUGUCAUUCUUGGGACGUCUUAUCAUCUGAGAAUGAACAAAGACCAAUUUUGUGUAGGGGGGUUGAGGGUCAUAUGUGUAUUUGGUUGUGUUUUUAAUGCUAAUCAUGUGAAAAUAAUUGAAAGAUGAAUGGAAUACUCUGAGAUGCAUGUGGGGCUAUGCUUUUCUCAAGGUCCCCUUAACUAACUGCUUUGUAUAAUUUUGAUAGUGGAACUGCUUUCUGUAAUUUGAUAGUGGGACCACAUAGAUAAAUCUAUUUGUAUAAAUGAAUUUCACAUUUUUAGGAAGACCUUUGUGUCAGAAAAGGUAGCAAUGGGAGAAUAACUUGGCACUUAACUGUGGACCAUCUUAUCUAUUGUUUGGCUCUCAGUGCUGGAGUUCAGCUUUCUAGGUUAUCUCCCUUCCCUACACUAUGAUUUACUUAAAUAUAUAUUUUAAAAUAUGGUCUCAAUGUUGAACAGGCAGCCCGAGAAUGUAGAGACCUUUAGUUAUAAAGGAAUCUAGUCCGUGAACAUAAUUCUCAUUACCAGACUGCCACGAAACAUGUUAAACUUACUCUCAUUCACAGAUGUGCCUAAAAAAAAUCAUCAAGAUUUAGGCCAGUCAAAAAUAAGAGUUUCAGGUAGAGGUGCAUGUCUGAUGUUAAUGAUUACAAAUUCCAUUAACUGCAUUAUUUUCAUCACUGAAAUAAAAACUCAACAAGAUUCAUCUCUGAA